GCGUCGCCGAGCGGAUGUUGUUUAUGACCGACAUUUUCCUUCGUAUACUGUAUUUGGGUUCUUAUUGCUUACAUUUAGUCAAUUUUUUCCUGUUAAUAUAUUAUUUUCUGCGUAUUUAAAUACAACAAAGGGUUUUUGUGAACCAGAAAUGUAAAUAUAGAACGUUUUUACCUGUCACAGAUCGUUAAAGCAAAAGUUUUUUUUUGCAUUCAAUAAAGCGGGAAAUCGACGUUGUGACGCGCACAAUUUUUGAUAAUUUGUCGGGAGCUACAGUGAAGUGUCGUAACGGAUUGUUAUGUGGUUAUUUAGGCUCUGACAGUGGAUCUCGGUAUUAUAUUUAGAUUUGACAAUGUCGGACGAAAUGGCGGUGGGUGAUAACGCGUCCAAAGAUGAACAUAAAGUAGACAAAACAAACAGCGAGGCAGAUACGGAGACCAUGGAGACCGCUGAUGCCUCAGAACUUCCAGCGAAGCCUUCGGUUUCUGAACCAGAGGUGACAUCAAAAUUAAUUAAAGAGGAACGAGAAGAAGAACUAGACGAAAAUUCCAAAGAAAAUGAUCAAGAAUUGCAAAUAGUUAAAAAAGAAGAUUCCGCAGACACAGAAGAGACGGCUGAUGAAAAGAAAGACGAAGUGGCGAGAGGCAUCAAACGUCGAGCUUCCGCAACGUUCAGUGAUGCCGAUGAAGAGUUCAAAGGCUUUGAUAGUUGUGAACAGAGUAGUUUAGAGGACUACGAUCGUGUUGUGGAGCGCUUGGAAGCGGAAGUGUCGGCCGCCGUGAAGUCGUACACCCCGGUCCGAACGGUGGCGGCCAGCCCCGCGCUCAGAGCCGGGAGACGGGCCCGGCAAGACACAGAUAGUUCGAGGCCGUCGUCUGCACUGUCUUCAAGAUCUGAUGGCGAUGGAGCGGUUUCAACAGAUGUAAGCCUCGUCCCACAGGCGUCGUCGUCGCCGGCGGCGCGCGGCGGGCGGCGCGCCGCGGCCGAGAUGUCGUCGCCGCUGCUGCGCGUGCCGCUGGAGCGCGGCUGGCGGCGCGAGCUCGUGCACCGCGCCGCCGCCGCCGACGCGCCGCGCCGCAACGCCGACAUCUACUACUACACGCCGCGCGGCAAGAAGCUGCGCUCCACCCGCGAGGUUGCCGAACAUUUAGCAGGCACCGGUUUAACAUUAGAAAAUUUCUCAUUUUUCAAAGAACCUCUGGGUAUCGAUGAUCCUGAAAAGGAAAUUAUACGUGAUGCCAAAGUGAUACGACGCGUAGAAUCUCCCGUACCUGCUGCGCCCCCACCAAUUGUGGACGGCAAGAGAACACCUAAACCCAAAGCACCUAAAGGAGCAAGCCCUGAACCCGCUACUCCUAAAUCACCACUACCUAAACUUAAGUUUAAGUCAAUGGGAUCCAGAUUAAAUAGUAAUGGAACAACCCCAAAACCGGUAAAGAAAGCUCCUGUUCAGUCACAGCCUACAACACCUGCAGACAACAACAAUUCUGCAGCUUGGAAGAAGCCCAGCGACGGGGCGAAGGCCCUGCGGACGCGCGCGCUCGCGAACGGCGCGUCCCCGCCGCCAGCUAGCGCUCCGCCCCCGGCCAGCGCUCCGCCCCCCUCCCCGAGGCGCCGGGGCCGCCCCAGGGUGGACGACGCAGACCACUUCUCCGCCUUUUACGAGCGCGCUGCCAAGCACAACUACAAUGUGGCGCUACAGAUCUUCCAGUACGUGGGCAUGCGCGAGCUGGCGCGGUGCGCGCGCGUGUGCCGCCUGUGGCGCCAGCUGGCCGCCGCGCCGCAGCUGUGGCGCCACGUGCGCAUGAAGAACUCGCACGUCAGCGACUGGUCAGGUUUGUGUGCUGCACUAAAACGCAACGGCACAAAAUGGCUGGAUCUGCGCAAGAUGUUACUACCUCCCAACGACAUAGUGUUUUGGGAUCAAUUCGCUGAACACAUUGGUUCUGUGGAUACACUAGAAAGACUAGAGCUGUGCCGUUGCCCCGCGCGUGCGGUAGAGGCGGCGUGUUCCCGCCUGCCGGGCCUACGAGCACUGGCGGCCCCCGCCAUACGCGACGCGCGCCUCGACCCCGGGCCCCUCGCGCAGUUGCCGCGCCUCGAGCUACUGCGCCUUAAGAGUCUCACGGGCCUGUCGCUGACGCGCGACCUGAGCGCGCUGGCGUCGCUGUCGCGCCUGCAGCACCUGUCGCUGACGUCCAUCAAGGAGCUGGGCUGGUGCGCGUGCGAGGUGGUGGGGCAGCUGGAGCAGCUGGAGUCGCUGGAGCUGGGCGAGUGCUCGUUCGGCGCCACGUUCGCGGGCGCGCUGUCGCGCCUCGUGCGGCUGCGGCGCCUGCGCCUGGAGCGCGGCGUGUCGCACUGCGCCGCGCCGGCGCUGCUGCGCGCGCUGGCCGCGCUGCCGCGCCUCACGCGCCUCGAGCUCGUCAACUUCGACGUCAAGGUUGGAUUCGACGACGCGCUUGCGGAGUGCAAGAACAUACAGAGACUACUCAUCAUACCAACGUAUGUCUCACAGUCCGCUACGACUAACAAACAGGUGUUAAGCGGCGUGUUAAGACUAAAAGAGACAUUGACGCACCUCAUGUGGGGAGUCACGAUAGAGCUUCUACGCGUGACUGAACUGUUCAUAGACCAGUGUGAGGCUGGAGAAGGUGAGGGUAAGAGGCGUGAUGUGGGCGAGUGUAUUCCUGUACUGAAACCUGUGCCCGGAUGUCGCCUUCCCGAUGACCACCGAACGGUGGCUGGACCACCACAGGUGGAGAUCCUCCCCAUCCCGACUCUCCAGCGGUUGCUAUCAGCUCAGCUACCAAACACGAAGCUCAAACUCCUGCGCAUCCCCUUCCACGCCACCUGGCGGCAAUCAUUAGCCGACUUCCAGUAGUCGCUCGCCCGUCACGUCACGCGCACGUCACGUCACGUCACAUGCAGUGCGGACUGUGACGUCGCGCGCGCACGUCAUGUCACGCGCGUUGCGGACUGUGACGACACGCGCGCCAGUCACGUCACACCUAUCGCGGGCUGUGAUGUCAUUCGGCUGACGUGACAGUGGGCUCAGUCAAGCGGGACUUACGGGGUCCUAGGGAAAGUCGUGUUGCAGGCGUCUGUAGUCUGUAGGGGUGUGAUAGAAGGACUACGAUUUUAUUGUUACUGAACGCGACCGUUGCGGGUCGAGUUUGAAUCGUGAAUUUUUUUUAAUUUGUUUUAAACAGUUAUCGGUAUCCGUUGAUAAAUUAUGUAAUAUACUAUUGAGUACCUAUAUUAAACGUGUAUAAGUUAUAGUGGGCUGUAUUAGAAUCGAAAUUAUUGAAAGUGCAUUCGAAGGAAUCGUCAAACAUGCUACAAAAUAUAAAGUACAAUAAGUGUUUGUCUAGAAUUCAAAUAAAUACUACAGUGGGAGUUUUAUUAUUGUCUACGAUAGAUGAAAAUAAAGAAUAGAAUUUAGAAAGUCCAACAUGUUAGUAUUCGUUUUCUACAUUUCAAGUUGUUCACUUAUUAGAAAGCCGUUUGAAAAUUAACAAAAAAAUUACAUAUUAAAUACAUAUACCGUCUGUAUGUCGUGUUUACUAAUAUAGCCUUACUUGAAAAUAGUUAAAUAAACCCGAGGGUGUUCUAUAGCCGUAAGUCGUAGCGAGAGAUAUAUUUUUAUUCAAAUGCAUCCAUUUCAUAUUAUAUGACGCAAUGAAAUAACUAUAUAGAGAUAAAUAAUUAUUUGUAGUUUAUUUUUUUUCCGUUUAAAAUUGUAAAUAAAACUGUGAUCGGUCUGCGGUUGAUCAUAGAGGUGUUAUUCUUUAUAUAAAAAAAAAAAAAAAUAACUGUAUUAAAAUGGCGGAAAAUUUUUGUUCGCUUUUAUUAAUAAGACAAAUUCUAUACUCGAAAACGUUGAAGUAUAUUCUAAAUUUAUUUAAGUAAUUUUAAAUUGCAAUUUUAUAACUAAAUUCCUAAAGUAUUACUUAAUUUUAGGUCAUAAUCAUUGAAACAGAAAUUUAAGGGAUGCAGCCCUUAAUAAGAAUGAAAUAAUUCUUUCUUUAGCCCUUAAUAGUAAAUGUAAGUUUAAAAUUUAUAUUUUACCAAAAAAAAAAAAAAAAAUUAAAUUUCCGCUAUUUUAAUAUAUUUGUCAAAUUAUAAUCACAUAUUUAAGUUACUGGCACUCAUUUAUAAUUAUGAUAUAUAAAUAUUGUGUUGUGAAUAAUAUACGCCUACUUACAUGUUUAUUCAAAAUCGUUAUUAUUUUACUCAGAGUUUUAAACAGUUUUGAAUGAGGAUUUUGUAACAAGCUACCCUAAUACUUCUAAAAUUAUCAUUUUAAGUCUUAUAUUAAAAUAUUUGUAUCAUUUCCUUUCAAGAAAUAGAUAAUGUAUAUUUUUCAUUAUAUCUUUUUGUUUUGAUAUCUUAACUGUAUCUUACUGUCUUUGAUGUUUUUAUAAUUUGACUUAGAGCUAGUUUGUAACUAAAGUAAUAAAAUAUAAGAAAAGCAUGUGAUUCUCUAAAUAUAGUCUCAAUUUACUAUUUUAGCGAUGAUGGUAGUAAAAUUUGGAAAAAAUUCAUGUAUUAAAACUAUUGUACCUAAAUUCAGUGUACGCUCAUAGCAAGGUCACACUUUCGCUUAGUACUGGAUCAAUGUAAAAUAUGGAAAGAAACGCACUAUUAAAUGUAAUAAAGUAUAUUAAAGAUCGAUCGAAACUAUUCCUGCAAUAAAUAAUAUAGAAGUAGAAAAUACGAUUUUUACGAGAAAAUAAAAUUCUACAUAUUCGGUAAGUUUAAAUUUAAAAAAAAAAUGGGUAACACCAAUAGAGGAAAUCUGUGACGAUUAAUUUUAAUAAAUAUAUAUGACAUUAUGUUAAGCGUUGAAUAACAUGGGGGCGUUUAUAUUUUUUUAAAUUAUUGAUUUAAAUCCGGAAAAGGUACGAAAGCAUAGCUUUGUAACUUAGACACUGGUCUAUUGUUUAUAAUCUCGUUUUAAAAGAUGCUUUGUGUAUUUUUAUUGUAGUUAUAAGUUGGGGCGGGCCGGCGGAGCCUUUGUAAAUAUGUAUAAUUUGUAUCGGCGUCCGUCGCGAUCGGCUUCGAUUAUUAGUUUAAUAUAAAUACUAGGAAGUAAAGGCGACUCAAUAAAUUGUUGCCCUCUAAAAA